GCGCCGCCGGGGCGAGGGCUGCGAGGGGCCGCCCGCUCACGUGACCUGGCGGGGCGGCGCGGCGGGUGCGCGGACCUAGCGGGAGGGGAGCGAGGCGAAGCGGAGGGACGCGCCGACUGAGCGGCAGCCGCCACCCACUUGCCCCAGCGCCGCCGCCAUGGGCCGGAUGCCCGCGCUCCCGGUGACUGCUCUCUGCCUGGCCGCGCUCUGCGGCUUGGCGGCGGCGACGGUGACGGCGACGGCGACGGUGCUCGCGACGAGCGGUGGGGCGGGCGCCCCCCUUUCGACCGUUGCUCCGACAACUGAUCUUUCUACCAAUGCUACUACAGCCUCUACCAAUGCUACUACAGCCUCUACCAAUGCUACUACAGCCUCUACCAAUGCUACUACAGCCUCUACCAAUGCUACUACGGCUCAUACUACUAUAGCUAACGUCACUAAUGCAACUACACAUGCUCCUCUGUCUACAACUGCCAGUUCUUCAACCACCAAAACAACCAGUAUACCAGGUACAAGUGCUACUGUGACUCCUGCACCUUCUCCACGCAAAUCUACAUUUGAUGCUGCAAGUUUCAUAGGUGGAAUUGUCCUUGUGCUGGGUCUGCAGGCUGUAAUUUUCUUUCUGUACAAAUUCUGCAAGUCGAAAGACCGAAACUACCACACGCUUUAGGACCUGCCACUUUAUAAGGGACUAGUAGCCCAACACCUGUAGUUCACUGAACCAAAAUAUCUUCUGUUGCUCAUGGAAGACAGCAGUUCAUAAUAUCCUUUAAAUGUCUAAAAGAAGACUUUAAAAGAAUAUUUUUGCAACAUUAUACUUGGCAAGAGGUGAUAUGAAUCUCUAAUGGGAUUACUUGCAAUAUGCUGCAUGGGUUCUAAUGGCUGUCUAAUUUUUCUUUUGUGGCUGCUGCUGUGGGACUCUUUUUCAAUAUGCCAAAUGUAGACGUUCACAGAUUCUUAUAUUCAGUGGCAACGCUGUCUUGAGUAGACAAUCUCAUGGUGACUUAUUGUGGAGGCUAAUUUAAUCAACCUUUGAUGCAGUAUCCUUUCAGUUUUAUCAAGAUGUGAAUUACUGGUGACUGACUUCAGGGAGUGAAAUACCAUUUUUUACUAGCUUGUGGCCCUUACAGCACACUGCUAGAAAGGUGAACAGAAUCUGUAGAAGUAGAUAAUGUCUUAAUGAAAUAAAAUAAUAACCCAUUUUUUAAUACAAGGAUAAAGGUUGCUUGAUACAAUACUGCAUUCCAAACUAAAAUCCUGUGUCCUUUCCAAUUAAUGUUGAGGGUGGAGAGGGGAUGUAUGGAUAAUCUUCAUAGGGGGGAAAUGAAGAUUAGUGCCUUAAAAGACUAAAAAUUAAUAGGCUGCAAAAGUGUCCCUCUUAUCUCAAAGGUAAACAAAACCUAUUAGGUACUAGCUUUAUAUAGGAGAGUGGAAUAUGAGUGACUUUAAGCAUUCCAGUUUCAAAACAUCCUACACUAAACAACGGUACCUUAUUGAUCUUAUUUCUGAGGGUGAGGGAGCAUGGUACAGCAGUCUACAGCUAUAAACAGGAGAGAUAAGUUGUUGACCUGUUCUGGCCUGCGAAGACCAAGUGUAAUACAAAUGACAAGAGUCAGUACAGUUCACUCCCUGCAUAAAAAGGCAGCAACAUACAUAUAUACUUGAAAUACUGGUGUUAGGGAAAUGGAGGUUUUUAUUCUUCAAAUGGUUCUUAAAUUCACUUAAUUUAUGUAUUCGUCACCCUCCCACCCUCCAACGUGUCUGCUUGCUGAUGGAGUAAUAGAGUGUAGUUCAAAGGAUCUGCUUGCUGAUUUGAUCCAAGUCAGGACUGCUAGGGCCUUUGGGGGGUGGAUGGGGAAGUGUUGUAGAGUGUGAGGGGUUUUUUUGGUUGGUUAAUUUGUUUUUGUUGUUGUUUUUUGCCCCUUUCCUUGCAUCACAUUUGUGUGACCCUGAAGUGAGCUGGUUCAAGAAAUCUAUGCAGCCAGAUACUUUUUUUUUUUUUUUUUUUUUUUUUUUAACUUCUUGGCUGGAUCAUCCAUGCUGAGUGUCAGCAAAGGUACAUCAUCUCCAAUGUAGAUUGACUUGGGAACCUGUGAAAGUAAGCCCAUAGGAAAAAUGGAAGUAAAGAUAAAAGAAGUAGUGGGUUUAGCACUUGAUACUUAUCUUUGAUGUGGAGUGACUGAUAUCCCUUGAUCUUCAAUUUCAGGAAAAUCUGUAGCACUAUCUUUCUAGCUCUGACUUGACUAGAAUUUGGUACCCAAUACAACAAAAUGGCAGCAUUGAUGCAAAUAAUAGUCAUGGCAGUGUAGCUUAAAUAUAAAGCAAAUUCUAAGUGCACUUUAGUUGCAUUGUUGCUUUCUUGUGUUCUAGUUUGAAUGGCAUUAUUUCUAUUGUGCUGCAUAGAAAACUGAAGUUGCUACAAAAUAUAAGUUUAAUCACCAGUACUGUAUCUUUGAAUUUAUUAGCUUGUUUUCUAAACAGAACUAAGACAAUCAGCUCAGGUUUAAUAAACAGCAGAGUGAGCAGCCAGUUCCCAGCAAGUGUAUGGAUUAGAUGGUAUAUCCUUGGCCUUAUUAUGAAAUCACUUAAUCUGUCCUUUCCCUGUCUCUGAAUUACUUUAUUACAUUUAUUCAUUUAAAAAGAUAUCCAUGAGCUUGUGUUCUGUGCUUUGAAAUGAGCAAAAUACUCUCCUAAAGUGUAACAGAGUUCUCCUUCAGCUCAGUGAAGCAAACUAUAUUUCUAGUAUAUAAUUUGCAGGGGGUCUCAAAGGGCUAUCUUCUGAGAAAUUUGCAGAAAAAUGCUACAGGAUGCUUCACAGCAUGAAAGACAUUGCCACAGUAAAGUUGUUGCUCUGUAAAAUGUUGCUAAAAUGCUUACUCAUGAGCUGUGCUGAUCCGGAUUUAGUUCAUAAAGUAUGCUGAUGAAGCAAAUUAAAAUAAUUUUUAAAGUGCCUUAAAAUUGCUUAAUCUUUUGCCUCAAAUUUGUUUAAAAGGUAUAAGGGGUAUCUUGCCUUAGUUACUAUUUUUUUCUUGGUGCCAGCAAUUGCUACUUUCCAAGACUUUAGGAAACCCAGGAUCUCUGAUGUGUACAGAUGUCAAUCUGAAAGAAUUUCAAGCUUUGUAGUACCUGAAUUUAGUCUUGUUCUGGAGGGCCUGCACUGCACAUAGCUUGCUCAGUAGCCUUGCCAACAAGAUAUAAUCCAGUUUACAGAGUUGUGGCUAGGAUUGUUUCCUUUUGAUUUGUUUGGGGGGUGGGGGCUGGGUUAUACAUCUUCACCGUGUGCUUGGCUGCCUCACUAUAAAAAGUAAUAACUCCUUUGCAAAAUUGCAGUAUCGGCUAAUCUGUGCUGUGUACUAGCAAAUAACCUGAAGUAAGAACUUGCAGUUUUCCUUGGCCUUGUGUUCUGAAGUGGAAGGUAGCUUAUAGAUCUGUAGUUGUAUUUGCCCCUAAAUCAAUUUUAGGCACUGAACUGUAGUGACUUUUCAAGUUACCUGGCUUUUUCUUGAAGCCAACUUGUGCAAGUAUCAAGCUGUUAUCUUAUGAAUGUUCUUUGCAAGUGUCGCUGUUGAAGUUUGUAUUUUGUCUUCAGUGGAAGAAAACUGAAACAGUUGUAAUCACAAAACCAAAUUGAUAAAUAAAAUCUGUCAAAUGGA